AUGACGAUAUUCGAUCCAAAAACUGAUGCUGUCAUUAUAAAAUUUAUGUUGGAAGAGGGUCGUAAGCAUAAAAAACCGUUUUCGGAACUAAGUAAAAAGAUUAAAUUUUCAACCAAACAAAUCUGUCAUCGCUGGAAUGAACAAGUGGACCCCCGAAUUGAACGUGGACCUUUGUGCGAUAAGGAAAAAGAGUUUAUUAAUCAAUGGGUUAAAGAAAACAGAAAAAGUGAUGGCAAGAUUCGUUGGACUCGUUGUCAAAAUGAUUUAAAACUUAUAUUUAAUAAGCUCCGUUCUACAAACAAGAUUAAAAACGCUUGGUCCUCGGAGCAAAAGCGACUCGCACGUAAAGAAUAUAUGUCUCGAAUUACCUCCUUUAAAAAUGACGAUAAUCAUAAAGUCGGAACCACUGAGAUCAUCCCUGUUUUCACGUCUACGGCCGUUCUUCCUCCAACGCUUCAAACAAAUUUUCAUCCGGGAUUUAAACAACCUGAUAAGAUGCGACCAGUCUUUUGA